UAAUAAUUCAAAGAUAGUCAAACUUAUGUAACUUUUUUACGGGCUAAAUUACACACACCCACGUCAAUAAAAAAAAAAACACGAGACCUAAUUGGUAAUUAAUUUCUUUAAAAUAUUUUCUUUUCAUCUUUGGUACGGAUAAAUGUAUCAUUCUUGAUACUGUUAAAUUUCAUUUUUCCUUUUUUUUGUAAUUUAGCAUACAUGUGCAACCUUUAUAUACCACGUAUAUGACUUGUCUUGUUCGAAGAAAGGGUUUUACAAUUAUUAUACUGGUGUUUAAGAAGGUAUCAGCCAACGGUUUAUGGCAAUUGGAGCAAGGACGAUGAACCAAGAAGAAGAGAUAAGAAACAAGAAGCAGCAAGAAGACGACGAGGAUGACGAUCAUGAAAACGACAUGGUGAUGCCAGGGUUUCGAUUUCAUCCAACGGAGGAAGAGCUUGUUGAGUUCUACCUUCGCCGUAAGGUAGAGGGCAAGAGAUUCAAUGUUGAGCUCAUCACUUUUCUUGAUCUUUACCGAUACGAUCCGUGGGAACUACCUGGUAUAAAUCACUCUAGUUACACAAACAGUGUGUGUGUGUGUGUGUCUUGUAAUUCCAUUAUCAAAACAUAUUUGGAUCCAAUUCUUCUUCUUCUUCAUCGAGUCAUUGUCUCUUUAGCAGCAAUCGGCGAGAAAGAAUGGUUUUUCUAUGUGCCAAGAGAUAAGAAAUACCGUAAUGGGGAUCGACCUAACCGUGUGACAACUUCAGGCUACUGGAAAGCUACCGGAGCUGAUAGAAUGAUUAGAACUGAUAAUUCCAGAUCCAUCGGAUUAAAGAAAACCCUUGUUUUUUACUCGGGAAAAGCUCCUAAAGGCAUUCGAAGUAGUUGGAUCAUGAAUGAAUACCGAUUACCCCAUCAUGAAACGGAAAGAUUACAAAAGGCUGAGAUAUCGCUGUGUAGGGUUUACAAGCGAAGUGGAGUAGAAGAUCAUCCAUCUCUCCCUCGUUCUCUUCAAACAAGGAGUAACUCAAGAACCUCAAAUUAUCAUAUCAAUCAGCAAUCCCAGAAUUCUUCGAGUUUCACUUGUUUUGAAGGCCAAUCUUCUCACCAAACUGAUGAAAAACCUAGUGAUACAACCAGUUGCACCCCCACCGCCAUUGUUGGAACUGCUCUCGGCCUUUCGAACCCUCUCAACUCCUCAUACCACAAUGUCAUUGCCACCCCCUCUUCAACUAUCUUCCCUAACAGUGUUGAUGAUCUUCCGAGAAUUAUAAGUUCUCAACGAGUUCUUGACACUUGCCCACCCUCUCAACUUCUGAAUAUUCAUAAUUAUCACCUCGGUGAUUCUUCAAACUAUUCGCCGCAUCUGUUUAAUAAUAUGUUGCCUCAACCACAACAGCAACUGCAACCACAACAACAACUUCAGCCACAGUUGAGCUCACAAGCGCUUCUUGCACUUAGUAAUAACUUGCCAGGAGGUGGAGCUGCUCAUGUGACAUUUCCCGAUAGGAUUUGGGAGUGGAAUUCGAUGUUGAGUGAAGGAAGCAAAGAUUUGACAGCCCCUUUCAACCUGCAGGUUUAUCGCAUAGUCGUUUAA